AUGGUGGAUGAAGGCAAGCGGAUCGUCAUAGUCUUCAUUGCGUUGGACAUCGAGCUGAGUGCAUGGGCAGAGUGUAGCCACGACUUCUUAGAGGUUCGUGAUGGUGCCGACACCACUGCCGAUUCCCUGGCCAAGGUUUGCGGUUACACACUCCCAGCCCCGAUAACCAGCACAGGGAACAACGUAUAUAUCAAAUUUAGGUCCGACGGCAGCGUUGGCGGCGCGGGUUUUGACCUGGAGUGGUCGGUGGAGUGCCUGCCGGACCUGUUCUCCUGCGACUACGCCGCCACCUGCAUCAACCAGUCCCGGAAGUGCGACCUGGUCCAGGACUGCGACGACCUGGCGGACGAGGGAGAAGAGUGCUUGGCGCAGGGUCUGGGGCCCUACCCGGCCUUCAGCGCAGAAAAUAAUACUAGGUGCCAAAGCGACGUCCAGAACAUCACGGGCUCCGGCAACCUGAGUACUCCCAACUACCCUGACUUCUACAUCGCCGGGAUGGACUGUAGCUGGUCCCUGGCCGCGGCUCCUUUUUCGGACGGACGCUACCCCGUCCUCAUGGCCAACUUCACGGGCGACUUCGGCGUCGCCUGCAGCUCAGGGAGCAUUCAGAUAACAACCACUGACAGCAACGGACAGGUCGGGAGCACGACCAAGUGUGGGGAGCGGGGCGGACCGGUCGCGAUCGGCGCGGAGGAGGGACAGACCAUGACCCUGACCUUCUCCCCGAGCUCCCAGCCUAUCGGACACGGCUACAUGGUGGAGUGGAGCCUCUGUCCGCCUGAUUCCCUGGCGUGUCCGGAGACCGGAGAGUGUUUCCCUCCGGACAGCGGAGUGAUCACCUGCCCAAUUAUGCCUACAACACAGGCGAUGGCGACAACUGCGGGAACCACGCUCCACAGAAGCUCUACCGUGGACAACUCGACAAUGUACGCUGAAGGUCCAGACAACACCGUGUGUUACAGCUGCGAGGGAACGGACCGGCAAUGCAUGACGGGAAACGGAAUAGGGGAAACUGCUACGGAGUGUCAGGACGGGGCAUGCUGGGUAGGUUUAGAAUUUAACGUGUGGUACAGGCGGAGCUGCCAGCCGUCCUGCACCGCCUACUGGGAGUACGAGAUCUGCAUGACAGCCGACGGGCAGGAGAAGGUGUGCAAACUGUGCUGCACGGAGGACAGGUGCAACACUCACGUCCUGACGGGCCACAACGACCCUCGGGCCCCCGCCCUCAGUGGCAACAGCGGUGCCGAGGGGAUCCUGGCGUCCCUCGGGCUUGUGUCUGUCCUUGCGCUGGCAGUGUGUGCGGAUACUCUGUCACUUUUUUCACAAAUAUUUGUGCCUUCCCUAGAAACAAACGAAGCAUAA